CCCAGCCCAGCCCGGGACAGGGAGGUGGAGGAGGAAGAGGAAGAAGCAGCGGCGGCGAAGGAGGAGGAGGGUGCUGGUGCUGCCGCUGCGCUGAGCGGCGGAGCGAGCCGGCCGGAGGAAGCUCCAGAACAAAGAAGCGCAACGUGCGCUCGCCUCGCCCCUCCCCGCGGCGGCGGCACCACCAGCGGCCCCCGCCCCGCCCCGCUCCGCCCUCCUCGCCCGGGUAAGCGGCUCGCUCUUUGUGUCUUCUGGGGUGCGGGGUCCCCUGGCAGCCCGCGCGCUCCUCCGGACCCGUCCAACUUCUUUCCGCCCCGGCGGCGAGCUGAAGCCUGCUCCUCCUCCGCCGAGCAAGCCCACUCGGGCCCAGCGCAGCGGGGCUUGCUUCCGAGGAGGCAGCGUGCCGCUGGGUGGGGAGGCGAGGGCAGGCGCCUGCUCCCCGCACUCUCGCCGAAGUUCUUCCUGUCGCCAGAGGCUUCUUGGGCGGGGGAGGCGAUGUGGAAGUUUUGAAGCCCCCGUGGGAAAGGGACGGGCUCGUCCUCCCUCUCGGAGCUCGCCCGGGAAGCGGGAGUCGCCCGGCCGGCUUCUGGCAAGGCUCGGGAGCUGCUCGGUGACCACGUCGUCGCCCUUUCCCUUCCCAGAACUGCACCCCGGCCCGGUUCGGCGUGUUGCGACUUCUGCUGCCUGCCCGCGCCUGCCUCCGCGGACUUGCGUGGGCUGCUCGGACUGACUCUGCCCGCCCUGCCGGCAUCCAGGAUGGUUUCCUCUCCGGGCAUCCCUGGCGCCUGUGGACCUCAAGCGCCUGCGGUCUGGGAGAGCAGCAGCAGCAGCAGCAGCAGCCUGCGGAGAAAGGCCACGCUGGGGGAGAAAGGCCGAUGAAAGGCAGCCGAGAAGCCUCCUGCCGCUCGGGGUCCCGGAGCAAGCGGAGCUGAUCCCGCCUUCGGCUGCGCUGGUCUUGACUUCCUCGCAGGCAGCUCGUGCUGUCCAGGGGGGCCUUGGUCUGGGAGUUCUUGGCGAGCGCGCGCCGGGCAGCGCCAUGAAGAAGGUCCCGUUCGCCUUGCCGCUCAGCAGCGCGCUGACCCGCGCUUGCCACUACCCUGACUAUGGUGAGAUUCUGAGCCAGCUGAAUGGGGGCUUCCCUGCCGGGCUGCAGAGCAGUGACUGUGCCGAGGCUGCUGCCCAGGCCCGGAAGAAGCGCAGGCGUUGUGGGGCCUGCACCCCUUGCCUGAGGAAGGAGAACUGUGGGGUGUGCUUCCCCUGCGUCAACCGAAGGACCAGCCACCAGGUCUGCAAGAUGCGGAGGUGCGAAGCCCUGAAGAAAAGAAAAGCCAGGGGUCUCGGGGAGGUGGAAGUAAAGGACGGUACAGAAACCGGCACGCAGGGGCAAGUCCUGGCAGCAGCCCAGACCGGUUUGGAGGGCAGUUCAGUUGAUGGACCCAAAACAGGCCAAAUGGAAGAAGGGCCCCUCAACCAUGUGGAAGAAAGAAGGCUGAAUGAGGAGCAGAGCCUGGGGCUGGCCCAUGGAGGAGGGGGGGCCAUGCUGAUGAGACCCAGCCCUUGGCUUGGCACCCCCCGCGCCAGGCAGAAGGCCAACUGGGAGAGUGAGCCGGCUGCCCUGAGUGGGGGAGACGCCGCCAGCAAUGCCGACCUGGAGGACGCUCAGAACCUGGUGGCUUUCUCGGCGGCUGCAGAAGCAGCCCUGUCCGCGCAGGGGCCGGCGCCUCCGGCCCCCCCUUCCUUGCUGAGCAUGCAGCUGUACGAGCAGUUCAAUGCCGAGAUGAAGCGAAGCGGGGCAGGGGGUGACCUGGCGGGGCCUUCUUCUUCCAACAGCUGCCCUGGUGCUGAGGACCUGAACGCUCUCAAGAACGAACUGGCUCUGGCCAGGCACGGCAUGAAGCCGCCCAGCUGCAACUGCGACGGCCCCGAGUGCCCGGAUUACCUGGAGUGGCUGGAGAAGAAGAUCCGGUCGGCCACUGGCGGGGAGCAGAGAGGCCCCCGGCCGCCCCUCGGCCCAGCGCCCCCACCUCCCCCAGACCACGGUGCUAAUAACCACAAGCAGGUGCCUGCUGCAGACGAGGAGCCGGUGCUGCGUCCCUCCGACGCCCUCCCCUUCUCCCAAAGUGCACUGAGUAUCGCCAAGGAGAAGAACAUCAGCCUCCAGACGGCCAUUGCCAUCGAAGCCCUCACGCAGCUGUCCUCGGUCCUCCCAGAGCCGGCCCCGGAGGCUGCCCCCCGGCCCCAGAGCCCCUUGCAAGCCGUGGCCUUCGCCUCAGAGGAGCAGCUGGGGCAGCCGCCCCCCUUCCCGGCCCACGACCCCACCCCCCAGGUGCUAUCUGUGCCCAGCGCCGAGCUGGGCCCGGGCCAGGCCUUGAAGCCGUACCCCAGCCCCCAGCCCCUCCAGGCUCCCCCCUCGCCGGCCUCUUGGCAGCAGGGGCCGAAAGCGGCCCAGGAGAGCAGCCUCUGCUGCCUGGACCGCAACAAUGGGCACCUGGAGCCCCGGGGCCUCUUUCCCGCCGCCGUCGCCUCCACCCCGCCAAAGGCCGACUUCCCGGAGCGGUGGAGUGAGGAGAGCAAGCUGAAGAGCAGCCUGUGGGCCCUGCCCCCGUCCCCGCUGGCGAGCGACCCCAUGGCCGAACUGGAGCAGCUGCUGGGCAGCGCCACCGACUGCAUCAAGUCGGUCUUCAAGCGGCCCGAAGUGCUGCCUGGCAAGGUGCGGGCCCUCAAGCUGAAGCCGGAGCCGCUGGCCCCCAAGGGUGAGGCGGCGGCGGCAGCAGGCUACCGCAAGCUGGCCGCCGCCACCGCCGCCUCCUCCUCCUCCAGCCAGCAGUUGUCUCAGCUGCUGCAGGAGAGCAGCUUGCGCAAGAAGACCCAGAAGGCCCUGCAGCAGCACUUGCACCACAAGCGCAGCCUCUUCCUCGAGCAGGGCCUGCCUCAGGGAGGCCCCCCGGAGCAGCAGCUGCCCAGCUGGUGGGCUCCCAGCGCCGUGGCCCAGCCCCCCAAGCCCCCGGAGAAGCCCGCCAAGGAGCGGAAGAAGAAGACCCAGCCUGACAAGCACACUCAGGUCAAGCCCCUCCGCAAGCAGGUCCAGAUCAAGAAGGCCAAGCAGAAGGACUCCCAGCCCCUCUUCCUGCCCGCCAGGCAGAUCAGCUUGGAAGGCUUCCGCUCGGCGGCCACUCCGGAGCGCCCCGGCAAAGAGAUGCCCCUCCCCGCCACCCCCACCAAGCCCCCGCCCCCCGCCCCCUUUGCAGCCAGCCCUGCAGAGCAGUCCCCCUUGCAGAAGCUACUUGAAAGCAGCAGCCCGGCUCCCCACACUCAGGAAACGCGCCAUCCCAGCCAGGAGGAAGGCCGCCGCUGCUGCUACCUGGAGGGCCCUGCGAGCGACUCCGCCUCCCUCGGCACCCCCGGCUCCGGCUUCCCCCCCUGCAGCAACGGGCACGAGGAAGCCUUCCACCGGCCCAUGAACUCGGCCGAGCAGCCCUUUCUGCCCCCUAACCCCAUCGCGGUGGACGACAAGCUGGAGGAGCUCAUCAAACAGUUUGAGGCGGAGUUUGGGGAGAACUUCAGCCUGCAGAAUCCCGAGAUCUCCGCUCCGCUGCUCCUCGGCAACGGGCCGCUGCCAGGCCAGCCUCUCUCUCCUUCCCCGGGCCCCUUCUCUUCUCUGAGCCACUCUCCAGAGCCUGCGGGGGGCUUGGAGGCCGCCCUCCAGCUGCCGGCUACCAAGGAUUGCACGCCGCCUCUGUCGGAGGCGCCCAAUGCGGGUCAUCACAACACCUUCUCCCUCCUGCCGGGGGCCGGGCAACCUCUGGAAAACCCUUUUGCCGCCCGGUCCCCCAAGCAGAUAAAAAUCGAAUCUUCUGGUGCUAUUACCGUGGUUUCCACCACGUGCUUUUACUCUGAUGAAAACCAAAAUGCAGACACUGCUUCCAUGGAAGGGACUCCGACCAAGGAUCAGGUGCCACUCAUGCCGACUCUCAGUGGAUUUUUGGAAUCUCCCUUGAAGUACCUGGACACGCCGACCAAAAGCUUGCUGGACACACCUGCCAAGCGAGCGCAAGCAGAGUUCCCGACAUGUGACUGCGUGGAGCAAAUUGUUGAGAAAGACGAGGGUCCGUAUUACACCCACCUGGGGGCUGGACCAACCGUAGCAUCCAUCAGAGAACUCAUGGAAGAGAGGUAUGGUGAGAAAGGGAAAGCCAUCCGAAUCGAAAAGGUGAUCUAUACGGGGAAAGAGGGCAAGAGUUCUCGCGGAUGCCCCAUCGCUAAGUGGGUGAUCAGGAGACACAACACAGAGGAGAAGCUUCUCUGUCUGGUGCGGCACCGUGCAGGCCACCAUUGUCAGAAUGCGGUCAUCAUCAUCUUGAUUCUGGCCUGGGAGGGGAUCCCUCGCACUCUGGGGGACACCCUCUACCAGGAGCUCUCCGACACCCUCACGAAAUACGGGAACCCCACCACCCGGCGGUGUGGGCUGAAUGAUGACCGGACAUGUGCGUGUCAAGGCAAGGACCCCAACACCUGCGGUGCCUCGUUCUCUUUCGGCUGCUCUUGGAGCAUGUAUUUCAACGGGUGCAAAUAUGCGCGGAGCAAAACCCCCAGGAAAUUCCGGCUUCUGGGAGACAAUCCCAAGGAGGAAGAAGUGCUCCGAAGAAGCUUCCAGGAUCUGGCCACGGAGGUCGCCCCACUGUAUAAGAGGCUGGCACCCCAUGCCUACCAAAACCAGGUGACCAAUGAGGACAUCGCAAUAGACUGCCGGCUUGGAUUGAAAGAGGGGAGGCCCUUCUCUGGGGUGACAGCAUGCAUGGACUUCUGUGCACAUGCGCAUAAGGAUCAGCAUAACCUCUACAAUGGGUGCACUGUGGUGUGCACCUUGACAAAAGAAGACAAUCGUACCACUGGGAAGAUCCCCGAAGACGAGCAACUGCAUGUCCUCCCGCUGUAUAAAAUGUCUCCCACGGAUGAGUUUGGCAGCGAGGAGAACCAAGCAGCAAAGGUGGGCAGUGGCGCCAUACAGGUGCUCACCUCCUUCCCCAGAGAAGUCCGGAAGCUUCCCGAGCCAGCCAAGUCUUGCAGGCAGCGGCAGCUGGAAGCCAGGAAGGCCGCUGCUGAGAAGAAGAAGAUGCAGAAGGAGAAGCUGAUGACCCCCGAGAAAAUCAAGCAAGAGGUUCUCGAGCUCCCAGCGCUCCAGCAGAAUGCAGAUACGGCCUUGAAAAGUGGACUCUCGCAGCAGUCCAUCAAAAUGGAACCUCAGAACCAUUACAACUCUUUCAAGUACAAUGGGAAUGCUGUGGUGGAAAGCUAUUCGGUGCUGGGGAACUGCAGGCCCUCUGACCCAUACAGCAUGAACAGUGUUUAUUCUUACCAUUCCUACUAUGCACAGCCUAAUCUGCCUUCCAUGAACGGGUUGCAUUCAAAGUUCUCUCUUCCAUCCUUUGGGUACUAUGGAUUCUCCAGCAAUCAUCUGUUCCACUCCCAGUUUUUGAAUUAUGGAGACACGGGCAGCGCUCCCUGGGCGAGCAAAAUCUACGAGAAGAAGCCCAGUGUCCAAAUGCUGCAGGAGAACUUACGCCACUCUUACAGGAGCCCCGAACCACUGGAGGACCUUGUGCCCACGGUCCAGAACAAGAACCACCACCAGCGCACCUAUGAGAGAGCCAACCGGAAGGCCAGCAAGAGCCCAGGGGCCUCCUCACAGAAAGGCAGCUCACUCCCCACAGAAAUCCCGUCGUUUGCACAAAACACGAACUGUUUCAACAACCGAACAAUCAAACUAGAGCCAAUGGACUCCUUGUCACACGUGGACCCUGUUCAGGGGGCAGCAGCAGCUGUGAAUGGCCAAAAUCUAAACCAGAACCCCUCGGAUUUGCCCAUGUCCAUGUCUCAGAAUGGAGGCUCAGAACAACACUGGAGCCCUUAUAAAGUCAACAGAAACAAGUCCCCUUCCGACAGGACUAGUAAUGCGGAGAGUCCUUGGAACAUGCUUCCACCCAGUGAUAAUGCUGGUGUGCUCAGUGCAAACACACAGAAUCCAUCAAAUCUGUUUAGUUCUCACUCAAACGCUACCAGGUUACCACAGUCCCACCUACUGGAGAAACCAUGGAAUUUGUUUCCCGGAGAUGGGCAGCCGCUGCUGCCUGGCCCUGAAGUGCUGGGGAAAUCAUGGAGCCCUUGCAAGGUCACUGAAACCUCCUCAGUCUUUUCAGCAAAUUCAAACCUCCAGGAGAAGCCCUGGAACUUUGGGCAGCUGGGCUUUGGUUCCACCAAGGGAAGCUCCAUGCUUCAAGAUGAGCUUUGGGGUUCUGUCAAAGUGGAUGACAGAAGGACGCCAACACCAAGCAUGGGGUUGCACAGUCGGCUGUGGAAUUCCUUUGGCUCGUUGCCCGCGAUGGCAUCAGGUAUGUGUGGGGAGAAGCCAUUCGCUUCCAUGAAAGCAGAGAGCAGUGCAGUCUUGCCGGGUGCUGGCCACCAAAAGAGGCCUUGGGACCCCUUCAGUUUGGAUGACAGCAUGGAAGAGACACCCGAGAAGAACAUCAAGGAGGAGGAGGAGGAGGAGGAGGAAGAGGAGGAGGAAGAGGUCUGGUCCGACAGCGAACACAACUUUUUGGACGAAAACAUUGGCGGGGUGGCAGUGGCUCCUGCCCACGGCUCCAUCCUGAUUGAGUGUGCUCGGCGAGAAUUGCACGCCACCACCCCGCUAAAGAAACCCAACCGGUGUCACCCCACACGCAUCUCUCUGGUCUUCUACCAGCACAAGAACUUGAACCAGCCCAAUCAUGGACUUGCCCUUUGGGAAGCGAAGAUGGAGCAGCUGGCGGAGAGAGCAAGGGCCAGGCAGGAGGAGGCAGCCAGGCUGGGGUUGCAACAGGACAUCAAGACCUUUGGCAAGAAGCGGAAGUGGGGAGGGGGCUUGGCCACGGAGCCCCAACCCAAGGAAACCAAGGACACUGUCCCGACGCGGCAGGCCUCGGCCAUCCCAACAAACACUGCUAUCACUGUGUCCUCGUAUGCCUACACCAAGGUUACUGGACCAUACAGUCGCUGGAUAUGAGACGGAGACAGCUCGCAAGUGGCCAUCUUACCUCAGAGUCUGCAGCACUGGAGCCCAGUGCUGGUUUGUGGUGCUUUUUCUGAGUGUGUGUCGGAGAGACAAACGGAACGGAACUGAGCCAAGUGCGUUCUCUAGGAGAUCUGCUCUUGGGAGCUGAGCUAAAGAAACUUAUUGCUGUUAACAUUUUUCAGUAAUCUGAUAUUUAUAUCUCUGCAUUUUUUAAUCUGUACAUCACAAGAAUGGAAAGAGAAAUUUAUAGUGUCCUUUCACAAAGGAGAGCUUUUUAAUUCCAUUCCAAAUGCAUAUUUAUUGGAUUUUUAACAAAAAAUUAUUACAACUCUGAAACAGAUGUAAGAGAUGAAAAAGCAACACCACCAAAACCACACACUAAACCAGCUUCAGAUCUGUACAGUUUGUUUCUUGAUUGGGCUGGUAGAAAUCUCAUCCUGGAGACCACCCAAAAUAUGUACUUUGAAUCAAAACCUUUUUUAAAAAAAUGAAAUGGGGGACAUAAUUUGCUGCUUGAUGGUUUCUUACAGAUACAGUAGGUCUCUGCAGGGAAGGAGGAAGGUUGGUGGAGAUGACAGAGAAAGCUAAAGUUAUCUGACAACAGACCUCAGACAAGCAACAGCUUCCUGUUCAGUAGAUCUGAAUAGAAUCUAAAAUGCCAUCUUUUCAGUGGUGAAGGGGCUGUUUCCACUCUGAACACUUGUACCUCUCAAGUCAGGAGAAACCCCAGCAGAAUAGAUGGAUACACUCAGUGCAAAGGAUAACAUUUGCCUCUCUGGUCCAGUCCUCAACACAACAUGGACCCUCACUAGGGCUCCUUAAAGCUUGUGCUGGUCCUUUGCCAGAUGUUGAAUGUUGGCAUGAGUUGCCUAAGCACUGAGAGUGAGCAGUCCCCAACUCUCAACUGCUUAUUAUUAUUCUCAGCCUUCCUGAUUUUAAGCAUCAUAAAGGAAUUCACGUAGACGAUAUUGUUCUUGAGGCUACAAGUGGGUGAACUGCUGAACCCAGCUCUUUUGGCUAGGCUCAGGUAUUUGUUACCUUGAUGAAGAACUGCCAGCAUUUUAACAAAAUUGCUUCCCCCGUUUAGAUUUUGUAAGAGAAAUAGACUGGUUACACAGUGUAUGCAAAAUUAAGCUACUUCAGCUUGUUCCCAUCAACAGUUUCUGUAUUUAUCUUAAAUAUUAACUUAGUGAAUACAAUUUAAUUAAUGAAGAGAAAGGAGGAAGGGAAAGAACAGACAAAAGGAAGGACUCAGAGAGAAGAGAAAAUGAAAACAGGAGGAAAUGGAGAUGUGAAAUCCAGGUCGGAGGGUGCCCGUUUGAAAACAACAACACUGGAGGGUGUCAAGUUGGUCUAGUUCAUGUGGAAUGAAUUUAACACUCCAAGGUAACAGUUAGGCUUGUUUGCCUUCCUGCUGAACAGCAAUUAGUUGUUCUUAAUGACUUCCUAAGCCUGUAAUACAAUAACUAAUCACACUAAUUUCACUGUAUCUUUAAGAAACCACCCCCCUCUCUCACAAAGAAAACAACACAAUUGAAAAGUCUGGCAGGAUCAUCAACAGGGGACAGUCAUCACCUGUUUUUAUCAUCUCUGGUGCAGAAAUCAGUUUAUUAAAAAAACCUUGUUAGAUCUCCUUUGUGCUGCAUUUCCCACUGGUGCAUGCUUAGCAAAUGAAAAUGUUCUCUCCCAUCUCUUACAAAUGGACAUUUUCAAAUGCAGACAUGAAAUCUGAAACUUCUUGUAAUUUAUUAUUAUUUUCUGGUGCCAUUUGGGGUUUUUUUUUAGAGGGGGGAAACUCCAACCAUAAUGUGAUGACUAAUUACUGCAACACAACUGGUGCUUUUUAAAAGUUGUGAUUCAGAGUUUUAAAAACAGCGAACCCUUCCCAGUCAAUCAAGCAAGUUGUCUUAAGAACAACUGAUUUACAUAAGUGGCUAGAUUUCCUGAAGCCAAGCCUUUCCUUGACCGAAGUUUGGGGUAGCUAUCAUGACAACGGGGAACUCCUCCCUUUCAACUAGGAUGGAAUUCACGUCAGUUCACAAGUCUCCUAUCACAUAAGGCUCACCAAAACCAAUCUGGGGAUACCAAUCAUUUGCUUGGUAACUGUUAUUGAUCUUAGUGGGACGGGGCUGAGUGACAGGACAGCAAGAUUGUAGCCUAGUGUGUGUAACAGGCUUUUGGUGCCUGUGUCUUCUCUUUAGAGUGUGAAUCCCAUCCUUGACUUGAAAAACAAUGAGCUAGAUUAUGAAGUUCCUGUUGGAUUUUAGGGCUCCCAUUGAAUCUGCUGGGAAACUCCUGAUUGACUUCCAUAGGAGAUAGGAAUAGAACCUCCCAAACCUGGAGACAGCACCUUCAGAAUGUCUCUGCACCCUAAAGCGGGUGUCCUCUUCAGAUUGGGUGAUGGCAACUCUUGUGGCAAUAGGCAAGCAGAAUCCGUCGCUGUCUUUUAUGGUGGGUCUUUCUGUAGAAAAACGGAGGUUGGGUUCCUUUCGCAGAGCAAAGCCUUCACUGGCUUUGAGAAGUUGUGUAUGUUGUGUGUGUGUGUGUGAUUUCUCAGCAGUGCAGUAGACCAGAAGAUCAAACCUGUUAGAGAUCUGGAUUUGGAUGCUCAGUAACCUUCUGCACUUAACAGGUGCCUUGUGAUAAAAGAUGGCUUACAGAUUAAAACCUGUACAUAGCAUUUGUUUACUAGGAAAACCUCUCAAUCUUAGCGCACCGGCACAGGAAAAACAAACAAAGAAACAUACAGGAUCUCUAUCCUGAGUGUUUUAUGUGGUUCUGAUUUUAAACUGUAAAUAGAGAGAAUUUUUUUUAAAAAGCACUUUCACCAAGAUUUAAAAUAAAAAAAAUUACCCAAUAACUUGAAAAGCAGUAUGUUUUAAAACAGAUUAUUGUGGGAGAAAUGUAAAUAGAGACAAAAUAUUUAACAUGAUUUUCCGUCCUUGAUUUUUUAAAAAAGAAAACUGUAUUCUGUAAAGUUGCAUAUAUCUGGUAAGGAAAAUCCAUGAAUGAUUAUUGAUUUUGUAAACAUACCCAUGAGCAUAUCGCAGUUGUAAGAAUGAUUGCAAGUCAGAUAGGAAAAGUUCUGAGUGUCAUAGGAUGAUAGUGAUGUCAACCACUUUGGACCCAAUUCCCUACUGGAUUAAUCGGCUGAGCAACAUGUUCAGCAAAAUCAUGUGCUAUAGUCCUACCUAAGCUGUACCACUUUGGUCUGUAGGUGGGGGACUUGCAUUUUAAAGAUUUCCUUAUGUUCUUUUGUAAAGCUUCUGCUAUGUAGAUACCUUCGGCAUGAGGGAUGAAGGUUCUAGCCUAUCCCACUUCCAGUUAUGCUAACUUUCCUCAUGCAGAGAGAUGCUUUUUUGUGUUAGAAUGUUGGAGAGUAUUUAAAAAUGUGAUACCCCUAACUGUAAUCUGAAGUGGUACAGCCCCAUGAGGUCUCUACCAGAACAUGUAGACCAGUCUCAUUUAAGUUACUCCAGGACCCAGCCUCUCAACCAUCUUAGGACAAAUUAAUGGCAUCUUGCCAUUGACAGAUGUAGGAUGGGUCCUUUAGCCAACUGUAUUUAUGAGAAAGCAUUGGACCUAAAUUUCUUCCAGGAAGGACUUUAGUUUGUUUUUGCUUCUGUCAGUUCUUUGUUAGUGUCUCAAAAAGUGUCCCUAGUUGAAGAUAUUGCAGGGGGUGCCUUGGAAGCUUCAUUUUGAGAGCAAGAAAUCAUAAUAUGUGUGCAGAGGGAGGGGAUGCAUUUUGGAGAAUGUGACUGUGCACUUGACCUGUUGGAAUCUUACUGGGUAUUAGGUUUCUGUUUAGUAAUUUUGUAGAACUCUUUGACUGUGAUGUAUAGCCCUGUGGUUAUAACUUUCUGACCUGGAGAUGGUGCCGUUAAGAUCUCUGGGGAAGGGAGGCACUUUGUAGAAGCAAGUUUAAAUUUCCUGUUCUGGGGCUCUUGAAAUACCAGGUGCUGUCUCAGAGUCAGAUGGUGGCAACCCUAUAGGAUCUGUCAAUAUUUCCAUUUUUGGCCAAUGCCCAUUUACAUUGUUUUUCACAAUAGGAAUAGAGGAACAAGGAGAAAUGUUUUUAAAAGCCAGAUUCUUUACUUGUUGCACUUACACAAAUAAUCCAAAGGACCAAAUUGUGAUCUUCCCUCAAUCUCAUGUAAGUCCAAAAUUAUGUAACUGAAGUCACUAGUCCAUACCGAAAUCAAGAGUUAUAAGGCAAAAUUACCAUUCACUCUAGCUAAGACUUGGCUACCUGGUUUUUCCAAGAGUUUGGGCCUUACAGAUUUUAUUUUUAUUUUUAUUUUAAGAAUCUGAUCCAUUGUGCCAGGGAUACUGUAUAUCUGGUUGACUAUUAUGCGGAUAAGAGGAAAUCAACAUGUAAUUGCUCCUGGCCCUGCCAGUAUUAAAUCUAUAGUAACUGUUGAAAUUUAGUUGAUUUAAUUCUUGGCUUACAACAGGAGUUCCCCACCUUGGGUCUUCAGAUGUUGCUGGACUACUACUGCCAUCAUUUCCCGCCACAAUUGCUGAAGGCUGUUGUAACUGUGGAGUAUGGGAAUUGCAGUCUAACAACAUCUGGAGACCCAAGGCUGGCCACCCUGACAUACAGCAAAAUGUGAUUGCCAUCAGAAAUUUGACACACAGUUUCCACAACCCAUGUAUUACACUCACUUACUCACUUUCUCUCUCUCUCUCUCUCUCUCUCUCUCUCUCUCUCUCUCUCUCUCUCUCUCUUUCACACACACACACACACUCACACUCUUAAUAUAAGGCUGUCAAAAGUAAAGGCAAGACUUUUGACUCUCUACAUCCCAGAUAAAUUAAUGUGGUGUUUUAGUGUAUAACAACAAAUAGGCUGCAGUCUGAGGUUGUUUCGCACUACAUAUAUAUAGUACUACCUCGAAUCUCUGUUGUGAAAAAAUUGAGCAUGCUUCAGACUUAUAUGAGAAAUGUAGAACUAUGCACAGGUUAUCUGCUCGCGCUUUGUUUCUGGAAGUCUGUUAUUGAGUUCUUCAUUGGCACUGUUCUUCUGCUUACAUCUGGAUAGUUGCAGUUUCCACGCUGUUCUUAAGGUGUUUAGAAAGUUGUGAUAGGAUGAAGCAAAACUGUGUGUAUUGCAACUGCAUUUGUAAAUGGGAUCCUGAGGGCUGAAAGUGGUCUUGAGCAUCAAGAAGCCCAUGGAGCGGUACUGGUGUGCUCCAGAACAGUGACACUUCUCAGGCACGGGGGCAUGGACUCUAUGCCUCAGUAGGCUUGAUUAUGGCACGAGUUCCUUAGAGUAAGACUGGCAAACCGUUGCCAGUUUGCAGUUGCGACUGGUGUUUGUGUAUCCACCGAACGUCGUCUUAUGAUGUGCAGGAAGCCAAUGCCAUCUGAGGCCCUGAGCAUAUAGUGGAGCUCAGCAACAGAGAGAAAUUCUGGCCCAGCCCAUGUCUUCUGACCCAAUGUGGUCAGAACAACUUUCUCAAAAAGAUAGUGAGAAAUUUAGUAACAUUGGUUUGUUGGAAUAGUGAUUCAAAGCAAAUUUACUACUACUACUACUACUACUACCACCAUCACCACCAAACCAAACACAUGGUGCUAAAAGAACAAAGUAGUCCAUAAUCCCUGGAAAAAUCUUGAUCAAGGGCCCAGUUUUGCUCCAGUUGAAGUCAUUAGCAAACUCCAAUUAAUUUAUGUGAAAGAAGAUUUGGGUCUCUUGAGGACAAUUCCUUCUAUGGUUUCUUGUCUCCUAUCCUAUGAUGUUUUGCUUGGCUAUGGGACAUAGCAAUGUAUGGUUGAAAUUGCGCCCUUAAUCUCCUGCAUUGAUCCGAAUCAUUUUAGUUAUCAUUUACUAGGAAAAUAUGCAAGGACCAAAUAGUGAAGAGAGAAGAAACCGGAAGCUACGUUCACCUACAUGGUGACAUUUGCCACUCAGGCAACAGCCAGCUUGUUGCCUGUGACUUUGCUUGCAGACUAUUAUGACCAGGUGUUCCCCUCUUCUGUGUCACUCUGCAAUCAUUAGCAGACAGUUGGAAGAGCCUCCCCCACUGAUGUCUAAAGCAGGAUCUUAUGUCCCAGUAGAUCAGUGGAUUUAAUCAGUGGAUUUUGGUCUUUCUUUUCCCAUACAUCACAACUGUGUCCCGUAUAAAGGUAGGAAAGGAAUCAAGAAGCCCUGAGGUGCUUCAGUUCAUGGUGACAAAUGCCGAAGUGUGCUUUGUAGGCUCGAAGACAUCUUUUUAUCGGCUGAAAUCUUCUAAUGAAAUGGUGCUAUUUGGCGCGGGGUUUUUUUAAUUUAAAAACACACUAGGAUUAGUUUGUGUUUUUGCCUGGUUCCAUCUUGUUAAGGUGCUACUGUGUAUGUACAACCAGAGUACUGUACAAUUAAUUGAAAAUAGAAAAUGUCAGCAUUUUAAAUUACUUUUAGAGGGAGUUGCUAAAGUUUAUGCCCUGGCUCUGUGAUGUACAACUGGAUAAUUUCAAGCUCACUGAUGUGCAUGCAGUUCCAGAGGAGGUUGUCUUGGCAAGAGCUGUCAGUAUCCUAGGGCUAGAUCUCAGCUGAGUUAAGGGGAGCUGUGUGGCUCAGGAUCUGACCUCGAGGUUUAUCUUUUUACUUGUUCAGCUAGUUCUGCCAGAUCUUCCCUGGAUAAUGCUGGGUGCUGGCAAAAACCAAUCACUGGAAAGGGCUUACAGGAUCAAGCCAUGAUGAAUUUGACUAGGAAUGAGUAAAAGGGAAAUACUGUCUCUUCCUGGACUUUCUUCAGGCAGAUGGAAAAUAAGGUAUUACAAACUGUGCUCAGAGUAAACACUUGUGCCAAUUCUAGCAAGUGUGCAUGGUGCAACAACCCAGAACCCUGUGUAUUGGUCAUUAUUAUGCAAACAUGAUGGGUGCUGAAUUGAAGUUUUGUGGUCACUCCAAGACAGAGCAGCUAUUGAUAAAAGCUAUGAUGGUCGUCAUAGACUUCUCCAGCUAGUUAGCUAGCUUGCUUGCUUUUAUUGUUAACAGCAAAAAGUUAUAACUUAGUCCUGUAGGGCCUCAGGCCUGCUUUCCUUAUCCAGGGAAAUAUUUGCAUCUCAUUGUAAACACAGAUUUAUUCUAUAGAUGUCAAUAUUGAAUAUGGGCCCAGCCUGUAGGAAGGUUUGGGGGUGGGGGAUCAGGAUCUGACCACCCAAGGUAAUCUUUACGCUAAAAUGCCGGCUUCGUUCUGCUACUUUAUGAUGGCUUUUUCUUUGUAUAUCACUAUUUGUGAGUAGACGUGUCUGAAAGUUUUACAAAAUACUCUUUUGGUGCUAUUUAUUUCCUCUUUCACACUCUUUCUCUCUCUCUCUUUUUGUUCUCAAGACUUGUUAUAAAUGUGUAUAGAAGCCAGGGUUUAAUCAUAUAAUAAGCUUGCUGUUAUCACAAUACAUAAAGAAAAUACCUCAAAAACCACCACCAUCACCACCACAAAGUAUUGUGGCAAGUUGGCAACCUGUGAUUCAGUCAUAGCUAAUGGAAUGGAUACAAAGAUUAGAAAUAAGGGUAUGCAUUUUAUUACUUCAACACUGUACUUGACAUUUUAGAAUCAGUAUGGCCUUUUUCACUCUAUUCUUGGGCAAUUUCUCGCGGUCAAAAUAUUAGCACAGCUUGAGGGGAAAAAUAUAUAUGUGUGUGUGUAUGUGCGAUAUAUAUAUAUAUAUAUAUAUAUAUAUAUAUAUAGUGCGUGUUUGUGUGUGUGCGUACACACACAGACACAGACACACACACACAAUAAAGAGCUGAACUGGGAUUGCCCUGUGCAUUCAUUUAAUGGAGCAGUGGCUUCCUGAAGUACAUGACAAAAAAGCUUUUGCAUUGAGAGUGGCUAGAGGCCAAAGUUGGGAAUCCCUGAGCUGUAUUGUCAGUGACCAGCUAACUGCUUUGACAGGUUUGAGUAAACACUCGCCACAUUUGAGCUGGAAUGUUCUCAAAUUCUUUUUACUGCAAAUCUUGCAAAAGUUUCCCAAAGGGUUUUAAUCUCAAAAUGGCAGACUCCUGUCAUUAUUCAUCAACCCCUGAGUGAAAAGGUGAAUAGUGUUGGGAGAUGCCAUCUAGUUAUUGGAACUAAGGCAAGAAGAUUGCUGGGUGGUCUUGAAGGGAUUUUUAGUGAACAUCCUGUAGCUGAGGGAAAGGAAGAUCUUUUGGUGCUUGACUUGGUCAGAUCCUAAGCCCUUGAGCUACACAACACUUCGUGCAUUUUAAUAUCUGGGGAUUCAUUUUCCAGCUAGUGACAUUUUAUGGUGGUUAGCAAAGCGGACCAUCCCUGUGUUCCAAGACCCUGUGGGAUGCAAUGAGAACUCUGUCUGUGCAGUAUAUUUUAGCACUGUAUUUUCUCUCUCUGCCUAAGAAUAGUAAAGCAAAUCGGCCAAUUUCAGGGAUUUUAAUUUUUUUUGCAAGUGACUUAACUUCUGUUUGCCAUCUUUUCUCUUGUUUUUAGCACCCAUUGUUUGGGGACUAUUCACUUCUAUUCAGUCUCUGGAAAAUAUGUAUUGUCUAGCUGGCUUUUGGCUUUUAUUUUUAAUGCAUUUUUAUGUAUUAAACGAAGUAUAGGUAUAAAGCUGUCUUUUAAAUGCAUUUUUAAUUUAAGAGAAAUGAGGAAAAACAGUUGGAUUUGGCAGACUAAUUCAGUUUAGUUAAGCAGAGGCUGUAACUUCUCAAUGUAUUUGCUUUCUUGUCUCUUUGAAUUCACAUUUGGUAAACGAGACCCUCCAGUGGAGGCCAGCGUGUGGACCACACUUGAAGAUUUCUUUGUUGAUUUGUGACUGUGGCUACUUGAAAUGAAGUUUUAUCUGGGGUUGGUUGACAAAUGGUAGAUUUUACAAUGUCUCAAGGCAAUAGGACUCGUGUAUUAAACUGUAGAUAUCCUUAGUACAGUAAAUUUAUUCUGAUAAUUUUAUUUUGUAUAAUUUCCCCCCUUUUGUCUGUAUUCUUUCUUACACUCUUAUUUUUUCCUUCAGUGUCUCAGCAAAUUUAUUUUUAGGAUGCCUAAAAAUUGCAAGUAUGGAUCCUUUUUUUUUUUUAAAUUUGUAUUUUAUUAUGUUACACAACCAGCUGGUUUGUGAAAUGUAUUAUUCCUGAUAUCUUUAAACUAUUGUGGGUGUUUUAAUAAAUUUUAUAUUUAUUUUUUGCA